AUGUCACGAUGCCUCAGGCUGCCGGAAACCAAGUGGAUUGGCGAAGGUGUCCGCGAUGCUCCAAGCAUUGUAAAGGUGCUAAGGGGCUUGGGGCGCACAAAAGGUCGUGCGAUAGGAAGGAGGCGUUGCGGGUCCAACAAUUCCAAGGGCAUGGAGUUAAUGGAGCCCGCCAUCGACGCCCGCCUCAUGCCAUUCCCACUCUUGCGGAUUGGGAAUGGGCCGCGACCGAGGUUGACCUUGAGGAGGAGCUUCUUCCCGGCUUUGGGACGCGCCAGUAAAUCGGGCGUUCUCACGUGUACAUUCACCACAAUGGCGGAGCACCCCGACACCAUCACCAUCACAUGGCAGCCACCCCCGGACGAGCUCUUUGACGCUCAGAUAGACGUGGCAGCCACUCUCGCAACCAACUCUGCCCUGCUUCGGAAUGCUCCCCUCGCUCGACAUUUCACGCGACGUUGGCUGCAGUACGCCGGUACGCGCAUGAGGGCUGGCAACCGCAUAGCCAUCGGACACGUCGCCCGUUUCAUUGAGGCGGAGCUCGACGAUGUAGACGUGCUGGACGGCGAGGGAGUCGAGCCCUUUCCGGAUGUCCAGCUCCCUUCCUACGCCGACGAUACUCACAUCGUCGGCGCGCCGGCGCGAGCCGCGGAGGCUUUUGCGCAUCUGCAGGGCGGCCUAGCCACGCUCAGCCUACGGUUCCGGCGCCCCGCCCACGGCAUCGUAGCUCUUGGCGUCCCCAUCGGUUCGGUCGCCCACAUCCACGAGGUUGUGGGGGCUAAGCUACAGUUCUUCAGUGAGCAGCUGACCACCCUUCCUAUGCUCCGAGAUCUGCAGAUAGCUUAUGCCCUCCUCGUCCGAGUGUUUGUACUGCGCCCCUCUUACUUGAUGAGGACGGUAGCCCCCUCCCCGGAGUUUCUUGAGCAGCUUCGGGGUUAUGACCGUCUACUGCUUGGGUGCUUUGAGAGCCUCUUGGGUCCAGACGCGUUUGCGGGGGAGGCAGGAGAGCUGGCGCGCCGGCAGGUGACGUUGCCCACGUCCUUUGGCGGUUUGGGCGUCCGCAGUACCGCGGCGACCGCUCCCGCGGCGUUCCUUGGUGCGUGGGCGCUGGUUGGGAGCUUGAUCGCGGGGCGUUUCGUCCGAUCCGGUGAGCAGUUUCUUUCGGAGGCUGUCUCGGAUGGGGUUGAGACUGGAGGCUUGCCGUUUCAGUUGGCGCUGCGCGCGGCUCCAGAUAGUCUUCCAGGGGAGGCAGCGGGACAGGCGCUUGGCGCUUUAGCCAGAUUCGGUCGGGAGGCGGAGAGAGGCGAGCAGGAGAGGCUGACUGCAGCCAUCGAGCUGGGAGCGGUGCAGGGGCUCCGAGACCAGACGGGGGACCCCGCUCAGCGAGCGCGGCUGGUGAGCAAGACCGGGCCGGGGGCGGCAGCCUGGCUGUCGACGGCCCCGCUGUUUCAGGCACUGACGAUUGAGGAUGAGUGCUUCCGGACGGCUUUGCGGAGUUGGCUUGGUUUGUGGCACCUGAUGGUAGUGGGCAUUGCGUUGUGCGAGUGCGGGCAAUCCCUUCAGGGUCCUUUGGGGGGACAGCACCUGAGGAGGAUGAGAUCAGCACUUCGUAUUUGA